AUGUGCUACUCCUUCAUUGGCUGGGGCUGGCCUAGUUCGAUCAUGACUGGUGGGUGCGAUAAGGUCUUGAGGGUCUGGGAUGGAUUUUCAAUUACUGGCUUUGUUGGAUCCAUCAAGGUUUUACCUCACUUCCACGGAAUGUUAACGUUCCAACACCUUUGGGUCCCCACUUUCCCCAUUCAACUGGUACUCCAUCUGCCGCAUCUUCUCCUCACGUCUGAUCUGGCAGGAUGUAAAGACCGGAUUCAAACGCGUGUAGGUAAUGAUAGUGGAGUCUCGGACUUCCGCAAAAACACUAAGUCACUUAUUCCCAGGGCGCACUUGAUAUUUUUCUCUCCGCACGGUAGCGUGUUCGUGUUUUUGGUUAAGUUAGGAGGUUAG